AUGCCUAUUGGAUCUGCAAGUAUGUUUUAUGACUCUGUGUUGGGAGGUCAUCCAGGUAUUGCUGGUACUAAAUAUCUUAUUGUUAGAUAUUAUUUUUGGCCGUCCAUCAUCAAAGAUGUGGGAGCCUAUGUGUCCACUUGUGAGACAUAUGCCAGAUCUAAGACCCUGAGAACUGGCCCUGUGUGUCAGUUGUAUAUGUUAGCUGUACCAAAGAAGCCAUGGUCGCAUCUAGCCAUGGAUUUUGUUACUGAUCUACCUGUCUCUCCAGAGAAAUACAUGGUUUGGAUGAUUCAGCCAUCAUUGCUAGAAGUAGAGAGUCUUAAAAAUCACACAAAGACAUCCACGUUCCUUCUUUUGGGACUUACACAAGAUCCUCAUCUUCAGCUUGAGCUUUUUUAUUUAUUUCUUAUUAUAUAUUUGAUAACAUUUAUGGGAAAUGUUGGUAUUUAUCUAGUUAUCCACUUUUCACCCAGUCUACAAACACCCAUGUACAUAUUUUUGAGCCAUUUGUCAUUCAUUGAUCUCUGUUACUCUUCUUCAGUUGUUCCCAACACUAUGAAUAAUCUCCUUCAGCGUAAGGGUUAUAUAACCAGUUUUGGCUGUGCAAUGCAGCUAUUUACCUUCUCAUCCUUUGGUUCCACAGAAUGUCUUCUUUUUGGAGUGAUGGCAUAUGAUCGAUAUGUAGCUAUUUGUAGCCCUCUUCAUUAUGGAACAAUCAUGACCAAACAAACAUGUACAAUAUUUGUUGCAGCUUCGUACUUGACAGCCAUAGUGCAAGCGGCCAUUCAAACAGGUUGCACGUUCAGCUUGUCUUUCUGUGGAGCAUAUAUCAUAAAUCAUUUCAUUUGUGAUGCUCUUCCUUUGCUUAGACUCUCUUGCUCAAGUACAGUCUUAAAUGAGUUACUCAUCUCUAUAUGUGCAACUCUCAUAGGAGGAGGUUCACUUGUAAUUAUCCUAAUAUCUUAUGUUUUUAUUGUAACCACUGUUGUGAAAAUACCCUCAUCUCAAGGAAAAAGAAGGGCAUUUUCCACUUGUGCCUCUCACCUAGUAUGUGUCACUUUAUUCUAUGGAACAGUGUUAUUCAAUUACCUUCAUCCAUCCGGUGGCCUUUUGACCCAUCACGAAAUAGUGGCGUCAGUGCUCUAUACAAUGGUUAUUCCAAUGCUGAACCCUAUCAUCUACAGCUUAAGGAACAAAGAAGUGAGGCGGAAUAUGCAGCAUUUGUUCAGACAAAGAAUUAUUGUUAACUUAUGGUUCGUUAACUUCUCAAAUUAG